GAUUCCCUGUUAUGGUUUUGUUCACGUCGAUGCGCAGCAUGGAUACUUUCCCGGACCGGCCGUCAGACUGGAGCUCCGUUCAGCCCAGCUUCUCCCCGCUGCUGCAGUACGACAGCUCCGGGGAAAAGCUCAACCACACCUAUCGCCUCCAUGGUGCUUUAAUGCUGCCCUCCACUUUCAGCUCCCCCACUGCUUCAUUUCAUGAGCCUCUGCCCUCUGUCGUGCCCUCCUCCCUGAUUCCCCACUCCUUCCCUUUGUUCUCAACCACGUCGUCAUCAGCCUUCAGGCACUCAGCCACCUCUGCUUUUUCUUUGUCCCUCUCCAACAACUCCUCCACCAACUGGGAAGACAUGGAGAGCAUGCUGCUCUGGACCAUUCACGAGCCAAGCACGAUUGCUUUGACCAUCAUGUACAGCCUGUCUUUUAUUUUGGGAUUCAUUGGGAAUUUAAUGUCGUUGCGGGUCCUGACCAGCAGGCGCAGCCGGCGACUGGCGGGCGUCAGCGCCACACGCAGCCUGCUGGUGAACCUGGCCGUGUGCGACCUGGCUGUGGUGUGCGUGUGCAUGCCCAUCACACUGGGAAGCCAAAUCUACACCGCCUGGGUCUACGGCGACCUCCUGUGCCGCGCCGUACCCUUCACGCAGGCCAUCUCCGUCUCGGCCAGCGUGCUGACGCUGACGGUGAUCAGCGUGAACCGUUACUACAGCGUCCGCUCACCGCUGCGAGCUCGCUCCAUGUUCACCCAUCGCCGGAUCCUAGCGACCGUGGCAGUGGUGUGGGCCGUAUCUUCCAUGAUGUGCGCCCCCAUCGCAGUGGUGAACCGGCGGAGAGAGAUCAGCUUCGAAACUUUCACCAUCCUGGUCUGUCAUGAGGAGUGGCCUCAGCACCGGCUCAAACAGGGAUACAACGUGCUGCUGUUUGUGAUGCUCUACUGUCUGCCCGUGACCUUCAACCUCACCAUCGGCUUCCUGACUGGGCGGAGGCUCUGGGGCGGGAAGAAGUCCACUUUUGCUGACCUCGACCCUCGCAGUCAAGCUCUUCAUACCUCGCGCCUUAAAACGCGCCAGAAGAUCGCCAAGAUGGUGGUGUGCCUGGUGCUGCUGUUUGCGGUGUCCUGGCUGCCGCUGUACUUGGCCGACCUUUGGAUUGACUGCGAACAGCGGCCAUCAUCUUGGCUCCUGCAGACUCGGCCAUUUGCCCAGUGGCUGGGCCUGACAAACUCAAGUCUUAACCCCAUAUGUUACUGCUUCAUCGGGGAUCUGUACCGCUCAGCAAAGGUCAUACGAACACGGUACUACCAGAAAGUGGCUGCCCUCUUUAGCUCCUCCUCCUUCUCCAGUUCAGGCACGGUGAUGUCUCCCGCCACCGUGAUCACAGACUCCAAGGUGGCUUCCGCUGAUCGCCACCAUAUUGCCGCUGCAGUGGCCGUGUCUGCAUCAAUGGUUACGGUCCCGAGGCUGUUGAGCUUGGCGACAAGCCAGGGACUGGGGAAAAAGGUCAGAGACAGUGCAGACAGUCGAGCAGGGUCUGACCACAGCAUCUCAGACUGGUGCCGGUCCAGUCCCAGUGUGUGUGGAAGCUCUUUGUUCCACAGCCAGCUUCACACGUUUCACCGGUCCAUACAUAGACCAGGUUUCCUUCCGACAAGAAGACACUCUGUGAAUGAGAACGCCGGCUCAUUACCUGUGCGGAUGGAGCCUGUGGAAAUAGACGCAUUACCUUUAAGGAGGCAUUCUGGAGACAAAAUAUAUGGUCUGCCAGCUGAAAAGAGAGACUUCAUUACUAUGGGAAAAGGUGCAUUUCAUUACACAGGGCAGCACAGAGGCAAAACAUUACAAGUCUACUCUCUAGUAGGAGAUGUCAAUGAUGAGACUACAAAAAUCACUAGUUUUUGAGACUGACUGGAACAUCAGCAGGGAGAACUGUCAUCCUUUUGUACGGCAGGUGGUCGAAGCGCAGCGCCCACUCAGAGCGUUGUCUUGACUGCGAGGAUUAAUCCCUCACAAAAGUCAUUAUUUACCUUCAGGAUUACCUCACCUGGUCUAUGCUUUUUUCUUUUUUUUCCUUUUGUGCAUGUCGGAGUCUUUUCUUCACAGCAAAAGCACACACGAUGCAUAGUUUACACAGACUUCAAUCCCUUGAAGAUGUGCAGAGAGAACGUGAUGAAGCGAAUCCUGUGAGGGUGCUGUCUGAAGGUUACUUAGCCCCAGGCAAGAGCACUAGUUAUCAGUGAGAAGGAUAGAUUGCAAGUGGGUGCCAUCGCAAGGAAAUAAUAUCAUAGUCACAGCUGUUUCAUCAGCUUAAAACAAUAAGCCAGCAGGAUGUAAAGUGUGAUGAGUUUUAAUGUGCAGAUUGUCUCCCUUGGGUUUCAGUGGUUGCUCAAGAUUUUACUGUUGCCUUCAUGACUUGCGCACAGGAAAUUUCAAAUCCUUUCUAACAGUGCAAUGCGGAAACAAACCGUAUUACACCGAAUUUUUGAUCCUUUUAUCUGAUUUAUUUGUUAAUUGAAGCCGUGAGGUGUUU